UAGAAUUUUCUUUCUCCCCCUCCCUUCAAUAUCUAAUUGUUUUUUACCUGAAUAUAAAUUCAAUAUCGUGAUUUGAACAAGAAUUUGUGACAAUCACCAACACUCAAGGGGAACGACUGCUUUUCAAAAUUCGGAAUUGUGUCAUCGACAAGAAGAAGAAAACAACUUAUUGUCAUUGCGUAUAUCGAAUUUCGAUAGAAAACAAAAACAAGAAUAUGGCCGAAGACGCAAAAGAAAGUUCACCCGAAUAUAUUAAAAUCAAAGUUGUUGGCCAAGAUACAACAGAAUUACAUUUUCGUGUGAAGAAAACAACAUCAUUUUCGAAACUGAAAAAAUCAUAUAGUGAUCGUGUUGGUGUACCAUUAUCAUCAUUACGUUUCUUAUUUGAUGGCCGUCGAAUCGAUGAUAGUGAUACACCACAAUCAUUAGAAAUGGAAGAAGAAGAUGUGAUAGAAGUAUUUCAGGAACAAACUGGUGGUGGUGGUGGUUAUUCUUCUUCAUCCACAACAUUUAGUUUAUAAAUCGAAAAUAUAAAUGGCCCAGAAGAAAGAUUUUUUCAUCUUUAAUUUUCAUUUUGUUAAAAUUCAACAAAAAAAAGUAAAUAACUUGUAUUGGUUCCAUUUCAUCGAAAUCAUCAUUCACCAUCAUUGUCAUUAUUAUUAUCAUCAUCAAUAAUCACAAACACACACACACACACACAUUCGUCAUCAACAACAACAAAAGUACCAUUUUUUUUAAUAGCAUUGAAUUAAGAUGAAGGUUAUUUCUGGAAUUGGAUUAUUUGCUUCACUCUCAAACACACAAUGCAACAACAUACAUCGUUUGUAUUCGUUCAAAGAAAAACGAGAAAAUUUUUUAAUUUGAAAUCCCAAAAUCAUCAUUAUCAUCUAAUCUAACUUUGUAAAACCUUUAAGAAAUAUAAUUGUUUUCUUGUCACACAUACCUAAUAAUCACAAACACACUCUAUCUCUUUUUUUUCAUUCAUUUGAUUUGAUUUAAAAUAAAAUAAUUAUAUCAAUA